GCCGCCCCCCCCUCCCUCCUCCUCCUCCUCCUCUUCCUCCCCCCGGGGGCGGCCCGCGCCCCCCUGCCCUGCCCGCCCUUCCCCUCCCCGCCGCCAGCCUCGCCGCCGCCUCGCCGGUGGCGAUGGCCCCGUGCGCCCCCUUUCCCCCCGCCGGGUCCCCCGGGCAGAGCCCGCCGCCCGCCGCGGGGGGGCCGCGCCCGGCCGCGGAGGGGGGCCCGGCGCCUUCUUUGGGACGCGAUGUCUUAUUUGGUGUGGGUGGAUGGCUUAACUUGCUGGUAAUUUCUGCUGCGUCAACACCCAGCUCAAGGGAGAGGAGAAGAGACAAGGGGGCAUUUUAGCAGCAGCUCCACUUGCAAAUGGCAAGGCUCAGUCCUGGCUCCAGCAUUAAAACCCUUUCCGCCCCCUAAAAACCAGCAUCUGUGCAAGUUGGACCAAGAGUUUGUCAGGAGUGUGGUUCAAAACUGCCUGGAAAAAGGGAUGAGGACAUCAGAUGAACCUUUUGGAGCUUGUUACCGGAGACCAUUUUCCUCUGUUCAUUAAAUCAUGUGCUGUAGAGCUGUGAAACACUGUGGCGUUUAUUUUUGCUAACAGAAAAUACUUUCAAAUAUUGUUCUGUCUUUCUCCUACAAGAGUUCAUACCAGUGUUAUUUGAAGGUUGCGGAAAAGUGCACUACCUGUGCUGCCCUAGGACUGUUGAUGUCCUCAGCUGUUGUAGGAGAAACACUAGACCUGGAACCCAGUUUGUUACUGGACUUGUGGAAGAGGAAACACAAAGAUUUCCAAAUGAAUAACCGAAAGGAAGAUAUGGAGAUUGCUUCCCACUACCGUCACCUGCUUCGUGAGCUUAAUGAGCAGAGACAACAUGGCAUCCUCUGUGAUGUUUGCAUUAUAGUGGAGGGGAAGAUAUUUAAGGCUCACAAAAAUGUUCUGCUCGGGAGUAGUCGCUACUUCAAAACGCUGUACUGCCAGGUACAGAAAACGUCUGACCAGGCCACGGUCACUCAUUUAGACAUCGUAACUGCACAAGGCUUUAAAGCAAUCAUUGACUUCAUGUAUUCUGCACACCUAGCGCUGACCAGCAGAAACGUCAUUGAGGUGAUGUCAGCUGCUAGCUAUCUGCAAAUGACAGAUAUUGUACAAGCCUGUCACAAUUUCAUAAAAGCAGCUCUUGACAUAAGUAUAAAGUCUGAUGCCUCAGAUGACCUUGUCGAUUAUGAACUUGGAGCUCCUUCUAGCAGUAGCACGGAUGCUUUGAUUUCAGCGGUUGUGGCCGGGAGGAGUAUAUCUCCCUGGUUAGCUCGGCGUACAAGUCCAGCAAACUCUUCUGGAGAUUCAGCCAUUGCCAGCUGCCAUGAAGGAGGGAGCAGUUAUGGAAAAGAGGAUCAAGAACCAAAAACAGACAGCCACGAAGACGUUUCAUCCCAGUCUCUUUGGUCUAGUGACAUGGGCUAUGGGUCUUUACGUAUCAAAGAGGAACAGGUUUCGCCAUCACAUUAUGGAGGGAAUGAAUUACAUUCUGCCAAGGAUAGUGCAAUACAGAAUGCUUUCUCGGAACAAGGUGUGGGGGAUGGCUGGCAACCCACUGGACGCAGAAAGAACAGAAAAAAUAAAGAAACUGUGCGUCAUAUUACGCAGCAAGUAGAGGAUGACAGCAGGGCGAGUUCUCCAAUGCCGUCUUUUUUACCUGCCUCAGGAUGGCCAUAUAGCAGUCGAGACCCAAGUGCCGACGCGGCGGCCGCCGAGCCCAGCAGCUCCGACAGCCACGUGGAGCGGUCCGACCUCUACGCCGGCGUGGACGACGCGCUCCUGGGGGGCGAAGCGAGCUACCUCUCCCAGCCGCUGACGCCGGAGAAGGAGGACGCGCUGCAGGCUGCCACGGUCGCCAACCUGCGGGCCGCGCUCAUGAGUAAGAACAGUUUGCUGUCUCUGAAAGCUGACAUGCUGGGAGAGGAUAGUUCUCUGCUGUUUGAGUACUUACCCAAAGGCACGCAUUCGCUAUCUCGGCCUGGCACCAACUUGAGUCGUUCAAGGGGCGAAUGUGAUGGCAAAGUGGAAGCACCAUCUCCCCCGCUGCCUUCAGCACACCUUGCCACUCAGAGCCCCCCCGCGGUCUGCUCUUCUGGUGAAAUGUCACCAGAAACCCUGAUAAAAGGAGAGAGGCCUUCCUCAGCCCAGGCCACUUACAAUGGAUUUUUAACACUUUGGCAGUUUGAUAACUCCGACUCAGAUUUAAGUUUUUCAAGAUCUGAAGACAUGGACUUAACCAAUGAUGGCCUAUUCCUAGACUCAGCCCUAACCAAGAGACUGGUUUGUGGUUUCUGCAGGAGGGUUUUCGAGUGUGCUGACCAGCUGAAGGAACACGUCCUCGAGCACGCGUUGUCCGUGAUUCUCCCGUUUGACUUCGCCGACUGUCCCCGGCCGGGCCUCGCGGACGGCGUGCCCCCCGGCCAGCUCGCUCGCUUCCAGUGCUCCAAAUGCCCUGCGAGCUUCACCCUGAAGUCGAACAUGGAUCGGCACAAGAAGACAAUCCACUUCAACUGUAAGAAGAUGCAGUGUCCGAACUGUGCCAAGCUCUUUCGAGACAAGACAGACUUAAACCGGCACCUUAUGUCUGUGCACUCCAGCGAGCGUACUUUUGUGUGUCUCUCUUGCGGCAAGGGCUUUGGUACCCAGAAGAACCUCACGAACCAUAUGAAAGUGUGUUCCCCAGGCUCUGCCCCGCUGGGAGGGUUUGAGCUUUUGGAUAGCGUGGAACAAAAUCAGGAUCCUGAGGAUGUGUAGCUACUGUUGUGUAUGUUAGGGGUUUAUUUCUUUUAACUAGGAAAACAAAGUUGUGUCAUUGUUUUCCUACUGCAAAUAAACUUGCCACAGGUGUAAUGUAACGUAGUAACUCCCAAAUGCUGAUCAGGUUGAUAACGCACAGGUUCCAGAUACUGUAUAACUAAUAAUUGCAACCAUGGUGCAAUGUUUGUGUAAAGAUACUUUGGUCAAUCCAUAUAAUGGCACUUUGGAUAUUUUAUUGUAUGGUAAUACUGUGUACUUACUGCCUUAAACUUUUUUAUCAGUAGAUCUCAAAGUGCUUUAUAAAAGAAAUGGGGUGUUUUCCCGUGUUGAAAGGGAAAAUAACGUACCAAAUCUUGCGAGCGUGUUAGCAGUAGGAUCGGUAAUAGGCUUCAGUUGUCUGAGUUCUGGUCUAGUGCUCUGUCCAUUAGGCAGCUCAGUCACUGCAGGGUUGUUUCAGGAAGCUGUGAGGCGCUGGGUUGCUCAGCACCAUAAGAUGUUUAUGAAGGCUGGUUUUCUAUGUCACUUAAAGGGCGGGGGAACAUGCAUCUUUGCAUUUGUGCAACAGGGGGUAUAUUAUUUGGGCUUUCAAAAUUGUUGCAAGGUGUGUAUAUUUUAUUACUUGGUAUUAUCUUUGAAUAUGUUAGGACUUUUUAAAAUAUACUUGAGUAUGGCUGUGACUUUCAGGAGUUCGCUACAUUUUCUGACUCUAGUUUGUUUUAAGUGAUGUAUUAAGUUGGCCAAACUGUAAAUGUAUGCUGUUGAAAUGGAAAGAAGGGGCUAUACUGUGAGCUAUGGUGCGCGUAGAAAAUCAGUCAUGGUUGUUGCUGGAAGGUUGAAGACUUACCUUAAUGCCUAUUACAUUACUUUUUUUUUUUUUUAAGAGAUUAAGUACUUAUAUGCGCCUCUUGCUAUAUAUUUAUACACAAAGCCAGAUUAUAGUAACUGUUAAAUGAAAGUCGCGUAAUUGAAAGUCUGCUGCGUACAGCCCGGCUGGUCAGCAGUUUGAGCUUUAGUGUUGUGUGUCGUAGGGUUGCUUUCCUUAACAAGCAAGGCACAACUAGAAAAAACAGAGCAACUUGCAAAUAAUCUUUUGACUCCUUAAGAAAGAAGUUACUUCUCUUGUAAUAUAGUUGCAUCUCAGGGAGACAAAAAUGAGAAAUACUUAAUCACGCACAGAAGGGACUUAAACAGCCUGAGGUCUUCAGUGGAGACUUUCUUGCAAAGUUGUUUUCUGUGGAAAGCCAGAGGAGAAAGAUCUGUCGUUUCUUUCUGCCCUGUAUUCUUGUUAUAGCGGGAAUAGGUGUAUUCUGGCAUAGUGCUGCUCCACCCGUUCCUGCUGAAAUUUGGAGCUUCAUUGCCUCAGGGCAGGGUUUCUGAGCAUUGGGAAGCUGGUGUUUCCCUGUUUGGCUUAGUUCUCACACUUCAUUUAAGCUAGGUAUAAUCAGAGUUGAGAAUAUGUUUCUAUAUAACCACACUUCAGUCAAUUUUUUGGUGAAGUUAUGCAAAUUUUUUUGUUCCCAUAGACUUCCUUGUCAUUGUCAAUCACAGGUACCUGUGAAUAUGUCUAGUUUCCAAUCCUUAUAAGGAUUAUGAGUAAUUUGCUUUUGAAUACGAAGCAGGUGAAGUAGGAAAAAGCUGAGCCAGAAGAGAGAGUUGUGACCAAAAUGUGUCUUAUCUGGAAGUCUGGGAGGAGCACACUAGAUUUUUUUUUCCCUGCCUUAGAAGAGUAAGACACCAGCAAAAGUAAUUGCAGCAAUUUUUAAAAGACUCCAUUCACAUGGCAGUUGCUAUCAGCAUAUUUCAUGUUUGUUCAUUUUUUUUCUCACAUGGAAAUUUUUGUCCCAUUAUUAUAUCAGCCAUGCAUCUGACUUCUCUAAUGUAUUCACUGGACAAAAGAUAAUAUUAAAAUCUAGUCACCAUCAUAAUAGCAGACAUGAUGGGACAUAUAUGUCCCAGUAUUGACAUAUGUGCUCAUGAAAGACCAUAUUUAACCAUUUCAACAGUUUUCUAAUUAAAAUUUUCAACAGAAUCAAGUAUUUUGAGGUUCAUAUGUCACUGCAUAUGAAAGCACUCGUAUAACUUGAGAAUUUAAUUCAACAUUAAACUAUUUUCCUGUAGUCAGAUAAACUUAUUCUCUUUCUAGUAGAGGUUUAAGUAGUGUUUUACUUUCUCCAUAGCAUCAAAUUGCUUUCCUGACUUCAGUGCUGGGUUUUUCCGGAGCAGAUUUUUUAAAAUAUUAAAACCAAAGGGUAAAGUAUAACAGAGGCUUACAGAGUUUGCAUUUUUUUUUAAUAGUAUAUGCACGUUAGAAAGUGGUGUGGGAAGAUGAUGGAAAUUGUAAAUUUGACUGUUAAAUUGCAUCUUGCUAUUUACAACCUUAAAAUAUAAUGAGGAAUAAGUAGACAAAAAUUGUCUUAAAGCUAGUUUGUGAAUUCUUCAUAAUAAGCAAAUGAGUGUAGUAUUUCAGUGAUUACUGCAUGAUUACUGGUUUACAGAGUAAAUACAGAGUAGCUCUGUCAGGCAGUAAAUCAAUCACUAGUGCUUUCACUCCUCUCACGUCAGGAAUAUGGGAACCUGUUUCAUUUAACACCCCUUGUCCUGAAGGAAGUUUUGUCACUGUCUUCUGCCACCUGGAAGCUUUGUUGCAUGCCUGUCUGUACUUCCACCUGCAAACUCAGGCUGUUGUAAUACUUCAUGGAAAAGAGCCGGUUUGUCUCCGUUUGUCCCCUCGUCACUGCCUCGUCACUGCCUCUUAGCAUCGCCAGCGGGAACUGUUCGGGAUUCAGAGCUCUAGAUGGUGCAGGCAGCAUUCGGGGAGCUAGUGGCGUCGGUGAAACCAUUUCUGGGGGUGUCUUCCCUGCCUUUCUCCUGCUUCGACUGUGCAGGUUGUCAAAUGCUCGGUUUUGUUUCUGUUCUCGUGGGAUUGCAGGAAAGGGGAGGAACCAGAGCCUAAGGUCUGAGUUGUGGCAUUUUCGGUCUUCUACCGGGGCUUUUCUCUCGUUAAGACGUAUUGCAAAGUGCUGAGCUUUCCUCCCGCUCCAGGACCUCCUUGCUCCAGAGGCAGCUGGUUUGCAGGUUGUCCGGCUCAUCUUGCAAGCGGGGUCCAAAAGCCAAAGGUUGAGUUACCAAAUGUAGGCAGUCCACGUGCCGUGGGAGGGAGGAGAGAGAAAAUGAGGGUGUAGGGAGUUGAGCCGGAGGUUCGAUCUGAUUCCUCUGUAAUAGUAACGCUUCCAAUUGCACUGCUAGAAUAUGGCAUUUUUAAGACAAGAUAUUACACUAAAAGGUUUUCUUUCUGACCUAUGGAAAUUAAAAAUUGCAUAGUUUUAAAAUAUUUUGGGGGAAAGUAUACAGAGUAUAGAUUUUUUUCACCAAAAUUCUGCCACCCAAGCUUAGCAAAUGUCUUGGUUUAUGUUUUGCUUUCUCUGAUUCAGAGGAAUUUGUGUAUGAUCUCCAUCAGAGGUUGAUAGACCAGGUUUUUUAUUAUUAUAUUUUUGCAGUUUAUUCAUAUUUUUUAAAAAGCUUCAUUCAAAGGUGAUGGACAGUAAAUGCAUUUCCAAAACCAUAUAGUGUUUAAACUACUUGUUACAUUUUUAAAUGAGGAAAGAGUGGUAACUUUAUUACUUAAGAAAAAUAUUAGAACAUAAAAACCAAGAAAAAUUAACCUCAGUGAAAUAAGUAGUUACUUGAGUAGACAACACCAAAGGCUGCUUUUUCAAGCAUUGUUGGGUUGAUUUAAAAAAUGCACAUAAUUUGUAAAUAUUUUAAUGAAAUUAAGUACGUAGAUUUUUACUGUGGCACUGUUUGUAUUAUAUUCUCCAUUUCUUGGUGCUGUUCUUCAUAUAGUGCUGUCCAAUAGCUAGUUAUCUAUGGUGCUACUGUUAAUGGUCUUGGUGAUCUUGUUAAAGAUUAUUUCUUUAGACCUUAAUGCUGCUAUACUUAAGCUCUAUAAAAUAUUAAUACGAGCCUUUUUAUGUAGGGCCAAUAGUUUGUACAUUUUAACUUUGUCAUUUAGACAAAAAAUUAUGCCUAUACCAAAGUUGGUAUGUUGCUCAUUAAAUAUAUGUGCAUGCAGGCAUAUAUAUUUAACAGUACUGUGAAAAUGUUAACUGCAAUACUUUUUUUUUUUAUCUACAAUGCUGUAAUUUUUCAGGUGUUGACUUUUGUAGAUACAAAAAUCAAACAUAUGGCUAUUUGGUGAAAGAGUUUUCAAUAAAACUAUAACUGCAAAAAAAGUUCUGUGACUAUUUUUAAAUGUAAGCGCACUGGAAGCUGAAAAUGUUAUUCUCUGGUGAUUUAAGAUGAAUACCAGCAAAAGUAUGCGUGAGGGAUAUUGUAAUCAGGAAUUGUUAUGAAUAUGUUGUUAGAAACAGAUUUUCAAUCUGUUUGACCUUAAGGCUUUCAUCUCCCUUGAUAAAUAGAAAUAAUUAAAAUGGUAUGAUGGAUUAGUAACUCUUCUUUGAAAAUAUACAAACGUGGGCUUUUUUGUCCAGGUUAGAUAUGCAAAUACACACCUUAUCAGCGUGAGCAUGCCCUGAUUAUGCAUCUAAAGUGGGAUAAAUACUUACAAAUCUAGAGAACUGCGUGUGUGCGAAAGCAGCUUGUUAAUGAUGCGGGUUCUUGCACCUAAUGUCUGAAGUUGCCUUUUGAGCUUCUGCGCUAGCUCAGACGUGCAAGCUGAAGGGAUCAGUAAUGGACAGUGAACGGUGGAAAGCACGUGGUCAUUUAGGAAAUGACAGCGUCAGGUACCAUCUGGUGAUACAGGAAAUGAAGUAUUUUGUAGCAUUCUCGUCUCUAAAGCACUUUUGUUUCGUAACAUUGGGACCUAGUUGCUGUGUUGCUCCGUGGCAGAUUUUGGGGAGCGAGGUGGUUAACGUGGCUUCCGGAGCAGCUCGGCUCUGCUCGCCGUGCCCUCCGCCCGGGCCCGGUGUAUGUCGUGGAAAGGACCUUGGGCUGGAGGAAGGGGGUUAUGUGACCCCUGUUGACUUCACUUGAUCAGCUUAUAGCUUGCUUACCUUGUCUAGACGACGCAGUAAUAGGUUUACGGUGAUCCUGGGGAAUACAGAUGUUUUGGCUGUAUGGCCUACUGCUAAUACCCAAGCAGCUACAAGAUCAGACUGGAAACAUUUAUCAUAAAUAGCUUUGUGUCAUGAAACUGAAACUUGCUGAGGAUUUUCCUGUAGGAGAAAGUGGGCUCCUUGCCUCAGAUUGUGUAGACCAGGGUGGUGUGUCAUAUCCAAAGGAGAAGAUGCAGCAAAAAAUGUUUUUCCUGUAAUUUAAGUUUUCCCAGGAAGGGAGCAAAUACAAGAGAGAAGGCCUUUUCAUAUUCUAGUUGUUUCAACAAAAUCUUGUAAGUAAGAAGUUGGAUAUGUGGUGGGACUGUGCAGACGAGCUGAGCUGUUGUUACGCGGCAGCAAAAGCUGGCACAAAGCCCUGGAUGCUAGAGUCUCCGUUCCUGCCUGGAACCUGCACGCUGAAGCGUCAUCUUGGAGCUUCCCAAAGCGGCACGAGUGUGGGUGCACGUUAUCGCGUUAAACCAGCCUUUUAAAAUGCCACUUGAUUGCAGGAAGUAAUCUUUACUGACAGGUGGAUAAAAUAUUCUUAGCUUUCACUAUUACUGUCAUCGCUAUUGCAGCCAUGAUCCAGGUGAGUGAGUGAGAUUUUCUUCCCCCUCAUUUUGGGCUAGAAAAUUCUCAUGGCUGCUUUACAGACACGCUUUAGGCAUCUGUAGGAAGCAGUACCACAGCUGUUGAGCAGCCCAGAGGGGCAAUUUAGGAGUAAAGAAUAUUAGAUCCAAACAAACUGCUGAUCCAAGGGGAUAUUUUUUCAGUUACCUGCGUGGCGGCUUUUUUUCCUUGUAAGUAACCAGAAGAAAUGCUAAGACAAAAUUCAUAUCAUGACAACUUUUAAGAUUUUGAACCAUGCUUUUAUUCUGUCUUAGAAAAAAAAAAUUUCUAAGCAAACUUUAAGAUGAUCUUGUGUUGAAACCUUUGUUCUGAUUUAAAAGGUGGUGGAUGUGAAUUCUCAUUAAAAUGUUGGCUGCGGUAACAAAGCACCUUCCGGCACAGUUCUGUAGGACUUUUUUCCAGCAUUGGCUUAGAGAGAAGAUUCCUCCCAGUAAGGGGAAGAGGAUUUCCACUUCCUGUGGAAUUCUGUUUUAUUUAUUCCCCUGGCCAAAUACUGAACAUGCGAAGCUUGCUCAGCUUUUGAAACCUUGUAAAAUAGUGUGUUUUCUCUUUAUAUUGGAAGCAGCAUAGCUCUUUAUCUCCUGCCUGGAUUUCCUGGUGGAAAAAAGAACAAAUGGUCAGUUAAAGAGUGACAUUUCUAACACUAUAUCCUCCUCUAGUGAAGACGUCUUUGGCUAUGUCCUGCCAGCUUUAUAGUAUCAGCAGCGUCAUGAUGUAGUUUUCACUGGUUUUACAUGAGAGUCAAAUGUAGUUGUUCUUCACAUUGUUUUCAUCUGCAUUGCAAAUAUAAGACAAAGUAAAUUUUCAAAACAGAAGGAAAAAAAAGCCCACAAAUUGGGUAUUAAAUAACACCGAAUGCAGAGACAUGCUGAGUUUAAAAAAGGGGGGAGAGGGCUUUUUUUUUAAAUAGCUCUUUUUUUCAGAAUACAGUUCAACUCCCCAGGGCAUUAUCUGUGGUAUACCGAGAAUAUGCGGCAUGCAUUCAGCCAGUAGGGCUUUUCUAGGAAAUAACAUUUGAAUAUGUAUCUAAAGAUAUUGCAAAGUAUUCAGUAUGUCAGAAACCUAUAGUAGGUAUGGCAUUUCCCUUAUUCCCUUCACUCUCUUACAUACACUGUUUCAUGUACCAGAAGAAGCCAUUUACAUAUACAAUACCAUAUUUAAGAGAUUAACCAGAAUUUGCUUUCUUUUUUUUUUCUCCUUGUUAUGUAAACAGUACAUUGCUUUGAGAAAUGACAAUAAUUAGGACAGAAGUGGGUGAAAAUUAACAUAUUAAUGGAAAGAAAUAGAAUUAUAGAAGGUGGAGAUAAAAAUUAUAUCCACGUGGACAGUCAUUUCCAAAUUUAUAGUGGGUGGAUUUCCUUAGGGAAUAGCAAAUACUCUAUUUUCACCUGCCAUAUUUUGCAUAUUGCACUUUCAUUUUGUUUGGAGGAGGAAAUACCAACACAGCUGCUAUGCGCAUUCUUCUGGCAAAUUAGACCCUUGGGCUGUCAAUACUGCACGUAUCCCUUGAGUCUGCUUUCAGUGCACUUCCAAAGAGAUGACAUGAAGAAAAGACUCAAAAAUGUCAGAAUGACUUCAGAUAAUUCAUCAUCUUCCAGUCCGGCAAAAUAUGAUUAAAAAGAAAAGUCCAUGAAGGACUGUGCAGUUGAAUUGAAGCGUGACCCUCACAAGCCUCCUUAAGACUCAGUGUUUUGCACCUUUCUGUAUUUCUCUGCCCAUGCCAUAGCGGUAUUUAGGCUAAUUCAUUAUAGUAAAUUAACAUAGCAGAUUGUCAGCUGCCUUUAUUUCCUCUUUAAAAAGUAUUAGACAAUGUGUGUUGAUGGCUGUUGCUUAAUGUUUGUGUACUGGCUUUUCCAAAAGUUUCUCUGAUGAAGGUACUCGAAGUUCUUAGCUUUAAUCAUGUCGUAUGAGUACAUGGAUUAAAAAAGGUUUAGAUGGUUACGAGGUGAGAAUAUACUUUCACAGUGAAAUAAUUGAAUAGUGAGAUACUGAGCAGGGAGGCUGACCGUGCUGGGGUGUUCUGCGAGUAACCUCUGUUUUGCUUGCUCUCUUGCAGUCAACGAGUUCACGGUGAUCAGAAAGAAGUUCAAGUGCCCCUACUGCAGUUUUUCAGCCAUGCACCAGUGCAUCCUGAAGA